GCGUUGGUUAACCCACCCUUAAAGUCCUCGAUGCAAACACAAACAUAAGAUAUGGCCAACAACCAUAAAAACCCGCCGGCACCAUCGUUGAACUUCAAAAGUCGGCCCCCUACCUCACGACGACCCGCUCACCUGAUACGGAGUCGAAAGGAUCGCGUUCUCAAGCCAAGGCGAUGAUGGAUUUACACUCUGACAAUUGCCCGCCCUCACCGGCGAGGGAGUUCCCGACCUCAGGAUUCGAGGUCAUUGACGAGUCCGACAUAUUAGACGAAGAGAGGUUCGCUUGGUUCUCAACCAAAACGUGGUAUCCGGUGCAGAUUGGAGAGGUCUUCCAAGACCAAUACCAAGUCCUAACCAAGAUCGGUUAUGGGACAGCAUCAACCAGCUGGCUCUGUCGCGAUCUCAGGAGUCAUCGAUACGUAGUGCUUAAGGUCUACUGCACUGAUACCGACCAAGCCAGCCGGGAGACCGCGGCACUUGAGCAUAUCGAAUCAAUCCUAGCCACUCCUGCGGCAGCAUCGCAUGAGGGUCAAAACUUCAUCCGCCGGUUGCUUGAUAGGUUUACGAUAUCGAAUCCCAAGGCUGUCCAGCCUGAGAACCCUAACAUCUGUCUCGUUUUCAAACCAAUGGGCAUGUCACUGUCUGAUAUGGAAGCCCAUUCCUAUAGUGGUGAUGGAAUGCCCAUAGACCUAGUCAAGGGUCUUACUAUGUACCUCCUCGCAGGCCUAGAUUUCCUUCACUCUCAGGCUAAACUUAUCCAUACUGAUAUUCAGCAUGGAAAUAUCAUGUUCUCAAUUGAGGACGAAUCAACCCUUGAUUCCGUCUUAGAAGAGGAGCUCAAGGAUCCGUCUCCCCGCAAGGUUCAUAAGGACGGCCACACUAUCUACAAGUGUCGCGAGAUCAUUACCGGCGAUAUCCUGUUCCCAAUGAUCUGCGACUUCGGCGAGGCGAGAUUUGGGAAGGAUAAGUAUGAAGAGCAUGCAAUGCCAGAUUUAUACCGUGCGCCUGAGAUUCUCCUCCAUACAGCCUGGAAUAGGAAAAUCGACAUCUGGGCGUUAGGCCUGAUGAUCUGGAAUAUGGUAGAGGGGAGAAAUCUGUUUAGGGACUCCAGCGGUGGUAGAUGGCAGUCAGCACUCCCACACAUGGCGCGAAUGGUUAGCUUACUUGGUCCACCGCCGAAGCACAUGCUGGAUGAAAGCGCUGCGACUGACAAGUUCUUCGACGAGGAUGGAAAUCUCAAAGGUGGACAACAGCUCUGCCCGACUUCCUUGGAGGAAGAGGAGACCAAGCUCGAGGGAGAGGAAAAGCAGGAAUUCUUGCGCUUUAUCCGGCGCAUGCUACAAUGGGACCCCAGCCAGAGGCCAUCUGCGAGGGAACUGGCCGCGGAUGCGUGGCCACAAGUUGAGGAAGGCGACGAUACAGAUGUGGAAGACGGCGAUACAGAUGCGGAAGAAGAGGACGACGGUGCAAACACAGAAGAGGAACAAGACUCAUGACAGGCAACUGGGACUUGAGCCCUCAGGAACUGCAAGCUCGGUAUUCGAUAGCUCACAGCUCACUGCAAUAUACACUGCGCCCACAGCCACGCGGACGCGGUGCUGCCACGCAGAAAAGACGAAUCUC